CGUGCUGUACAUGUAUAAAAAAAACAUAUUGUAUAAUAAUUUUUAUAAAUUAUACAAUUACUAUAUUAACCCUAAACCGCAAAUCAUACAAAAUAUCAAAAAGUAAAAAAAAAUAAAAAUAAUAAAUAGUGUAAAAAUAUUAAAAAAUGUUAUACUAAUUGUAAUAAUAAGUCAUAAAAGAAGAAAAGUGCAUAUUAAAACAUAAAUUAUGAAAUUUUUAUUUAAAAAAGACUAGAAAAUACGAGUAUAUAUCAUUUUUACUAUAUAUAAAAUAAAUAAAAUAAUAAAAUAUUUUGUUUCUAUGUAUGUAUAUGUACGUAUAGCAACCUCUAUUUAUAACUAAAUUACAAAAAUAAUUUAUGAAUUUGAAAAAAAAAAAUAUUCGUUUAUUAUUGUAAUAAUAAAAUUAUCGUCGUCAUUUCAUUUUUGCUUUUUGGGGAUUUUUGAAAUUGUUAUCAGUGAUAAGACUUCAAAUUUAAUUAUUACAUUUCAUGUAUAUUAUCAGAACAUCUAUACACACUAAUAUUAUAUAAGAAGAAAGAACUUCAUUUUAAUAACGCUUUGAUAUCACUAAAUUACAAGGAUAACUUUAAUCUUCGAGUAUAUGAAACAUAAAUGUAAAUAACUCAGGAUAUUUUAUGAUAUUCUCUAUUAAUAAAAAUGCGAACUUUCGACAAAAAUAUCAAAAUGACUUUUAAAAAUUUUGGAAAUUUAGAUAUUAAUUCAAAAGUCGCCGUAAUAUAGGCCAAAUAAAUAACGCCAACAACUCGUUUCAAAAGACAUGACGUUCUGGUGGUUACGAAAUCACAGCUGUGUUAGCAGUCAUCGAAUAAGGAAAUUCGAAAUCAAUAGCAAUAGUUUACAACAAUCAAAUAUUUUUCUAAACAAUAAAUUAAGAAUAAGUGAUUUUACAUUAACAUAUAUUAAAAAAAGAGCUGAUUCGAUAGCUAGUAGAUGAAUAAGAGGGAUGCUUGAAUUUAUGUAGCGUAACGGCCCUAUGGUCGGCGAACGCGAUAAAGACCGUGAAGCGGUGCGCUGGGAACUGGGCGAUUCGACACUGCCCCAAUUAAAUAAUGGAGGAGCACAACAAAUGGUUGGAUCAAUAUAUGGUAGUGGUCAGCAACCAAUACAACAACAACAGCAACAACAGCAACAACCACCACCACCACCACAUCAACAAAUAUUACAAUCACAACAAAACCAGUUGUCUGGAUCAACAAAUCCAGCAACAUUACAACAACAGCAGCAACAAGCACAACUACAGCAACAGCAAUUUUUACAACAGCUACAAAAUCAAACUUCAAAUUGGAUUGAAAAUGAAACAUUGGGUGGAAUACUUAAUGAAAAUUUACAAACACAACAACAACAACAAAACCAACAAUAUUAUGAUACCAGUGAUAUUAAUUGGAAUCGUAAUACAAGUAGCGGAGGCGGUAGUAAUAUGGCAUAUGGAAUUAGUGCUAGCGGUGGUGGUGCGAUUACUGGAGGCGGUGUUAGUGGAAUUACUGGUACGGGUACAACUAGUAAAGAAGUUAGAUAUGCUCCAUUUCCAGUUACAUCACCAACACAUUCAAAUCAUGCAGCUUCCCAGGGAACAGUAUUGCAACGGACACAUUCCAGAUCAAUGUCCUCCAUACCACCAGAACCAUUUAUGAUAGCACGGUCAAAACAAAUGAAUCGUCGCGUUACUAUUAAUGUUGGUGGUGUUAAACAUGAGGUAUUAUGGCGUACAUUAGAACGUUUACCACAUACACGUUUAGGUAGAUUAAGAGAAUGUACAACACAUGAGGCUAUAUCAGAAUUAUGCGACGAUUAUUCUUUAGUUGACAACGAAUAUUUCUUUGAUAGGCAUCCAAAAAGUUUUAGUUCAAUAUUAAAUUUUUAUAGAACUGGUAAAUUACAUUUAGUUGAUGAAAUGUGCGUUCUUGCAUUUAGUGAUGAUCUUGAGUAUUGGGGCGUUGAUGAAUUAUAUUUGGAGGCAUGCUGUCAACAUAAAUAUCAUCAGCGUAAAGAGCAUGUACAUGAAGAAAUGCGUAAAGAAGCUGAGAGUUUACGUCAACGUGAAGAAGAGGAGUUCGGUGACGGUAAAUGCGCACAGUAUCAAAAAUAUUUAUGGGAAUUAUUAGAAAAACCAAAUACAAGUCUUGCGGCGAGGGUAAUCGCGGUGAUAUCUAUCCUGUUUAUAGUCCUGUCUACCAUAGCCCUGACGUUGAACACCUUACCACAAUUACAACAUCAUGUCGAUAAUACUUCAGCUCCUCAGGAUAAUCCACAAUUGGCUAUGGUUGAGGCCGUCUGUAUAUCAUGGUUUACAUUAGAAUAUGUGCUAAGAUUUAGUGCAUCACCAGAUAAAUGGAAAUUUUUUAAAGGUGGCCUUAACGUAAUAGACCUGUUAGCAAUAUUACCAUAUUUUGUUUCAUUAUUUUUAUUGGAGACAAAUAAAAAUGCAACGGACCAGUUCCAGGAUGUGCGCCGGGUGGUGCAAGUAUUUCGCAUCAUGCGCAUCCUGCGAAUCCUUAAGCUGGCCCGUCAUUCAACGGGCCUGCAGUCAUUAGGUUUUACAUUACGUAAUUCAUAUAAGGAACUUGGUCUACUUAUGUUGUUCCUGGCAAUGGGCGUUCUCAUAUUUUCAUCAUUAGCAUAUUUUGCUGAAAAGGAUGAACCACAAACAAAAUUUGUUUCAAUACCGGAAACAUUUUGGUGGGCGGGUAUUACAAUGACUACUGUUGGCUACGGGGACAUCUAUCCCACUACUGCACUGGGAAAGGUUAUUGGUACUGUUUGUUGCAUAUGCGGUGUACUGGUUAUCGCUUUACCUAUUCCCAUCAUUGUUAAUAAUUUCGCUGAAUUUUAUAAAAAUCAGAUGCGUAGAGAAAAAGCUUUGAAACGUAGGGAAGCUCUGGAUCGUGCUAAACGUGAAGGUAGCAUUGUAUCAUUUCAUCAUAUCAAUUUGAGGGACGCAUUUGCCAAAAGUAUGGAUCUAAUAGACGUUAUCGUUGACACGGAAAAAGAAAAGCGCGAAACUCGAAAUAAAUCCUUAUUAAAUUGGCAUCGGUUAAUUCACGCAAUUCGGCGACCACCCACAGGACAUAAUCUGUCACAAGCUGAUGGUGAUAGUAAUGAAGGUGAAUCAAAUCGUAAUCCAUCAAAUACUGGUACUGGAUGUUAUAAAAAUUUUGAUCAUAUAUCAUCAAUUCGUAAUGGAAAUAUGCCACAGAAUAUUUCAAUACCAGAUAAUGAAUCGGUACCACCUUAUACACCAGAAGUACAACACUCAAAUCAAAUCCAACAACAAAUUUUGUUACAACAACAGCAAAAUUUGCAAAUGGAAUCUUAUAGGAGUGAAUCACAAAAUAUUGAAGAAAAUCAACCAUUAACUGAUCAAGAUACCAAAUCAGAUAAUGUACCGUCCCAAUUACCAACGCAAAUGAUGGUAACACCCCAGAAUUUACAAACAAGGAUAGACGAAGAGGAAGUAGCUGAAUUACGAAGACAGGUCGCUAUUGAAAACAUACAAAAUCAGGGUAAAAAGGAUAAAGGAGAUUCUGAUGUACCAAAUGAGUUUGAAUGUUGUUUUUGUUCAACAAAGGACUUUAAAGAGUAUAUAGAUCCAGAAGGUUUAAUGCCUUACUCUACAUCAGAUUUUCAUAAGCCAGUUUGCUUAGAAAUGCGUACAAUAAAAAAUGCCCAAUUACAAUCAAAUAAUUUAGGAUUAUUAGCACUACCUCCACUUAUACCACCACAAACAUUUUCAACAAAUGUUGUUGGACAAACAACGACGACAACCGUUGCAAUAACACAACAACAAUCAUUUCAACAACAACAAUUAAAUACAUUUGCUGGUACAAUAACAUCUUCUAAUGUUAAUCAAACAACAAUGACAACAUCGGCAUCAUAUUAUGGUACAAAUAGUAAUAUUGUUUCAUUACCACUAGAACAACAACAAAAUUAUUUAGCAAAUAAUGCAAAUGCAUUAAAUAAUAAUAAUGUUGGUGUCGGCUCUACAGUUAGUAAUCAAACAUAUGUAAUUAAUUUUAAUUUAUCAUCAUUAAAUGCGGCAAACAAUAAUAAUAACAAUUUGAAUAAUAUUAAUAAUAAUAAUAUAAAUAAUUUAAAUAAUAAUAAUGGUGAUUUAGCUAGCAUAGAUAGUUCUGAUACAUACGCAAGUUGCCAAACUCAUCCAUUUUUAUCACAAGGAGACUUAACCGCUGAUUUAGGAGAUGAAGCAUGCGCUCUAGACAUAGAUAUGAAUAAUUUAUAUAUAAAUCCUUUGGAGAAAGAGACUAUUCAAAGUGGCCAACAACAAAUUCCAACAUCAUCAUCUAGUAUGAUUAAAUCACAAGUUAAAAAAAGUGCAUCUGGUGAUACUGCACUGAGAAAUUUAGCAAGUGGUGUUAAUAAUGCAGGUUGUUACAGUGGCACAGCAGGACUUUUAGACGAUGAUUUCGAUAUCCAAGAAAUACGUGGUAGUAGAGUAAGUCUAAAUGAAAUAACACCUGUGCCAAAACAUCGUAAAACAAGAUUUCAACAGAUGUCAGGUGCAGCAAAACCACGAACACGUUUCGAGGAUUCAAAACAAUCGCAAGAAAGUUUAGGGGAAAGUAAAAAACGUCGUUCAUCAUUUAUGCCAUCGAGAAGUUUAGCUUCAGCAACUAAAUUAAUUAAUCAACAUCUAUUUGGUAUACAAAAUAUUGGGUCAAAAAGUAAAGCUAAACUUGAAAGUAAGCAUUCUUCAUCUAUUGAUUCGAUAGACGCCUCACCAAAUUUAGAACAUCAAAGACGUUCAAAAUCUAUAUUGAAAAAUAAGUCUGAUACUGGAAAAAUGUUCACAGAUCCAGAAAGUGAACGUUUACUGUCUGAUAAUAUGUCUGGUUCUGGUAUAUCGGAUAAUGGAACCGUCAUGGGUGAAUCCGGAAGCGAUUACUCACCGAAUAAAUUACCUCAUUCAGUUUUAGCCAAAUCAGUUUCCCCACCACCUCUAAGGCAUCGAACGUUAAUACAACAACGUUCUGGUCCAGCUACAUUACAAUCAAAACCAACUUCAACCAAUAUAAUGAGUACUUCAAUAAAUUCAGUUGCAACUUCAUCACCAAGUGUUGUAUUAACAACAAUUUCAACUUCAGGUAUAAAGAAAUUUCAAAUACCUCGAUAUCCUGAGCAAGAACAAGCUGCAUCUGUUGGACGUCAAAGUAGUAGUGGUAGCAGCAGUGGAGGUGGUAUAUCUCAUACAAAACCUCCACCACUUGUUAGGACCGGCGCACAAAUUGAACGCUUUCUAAGCGAUAGCCGAUAUGAUUCAACAAAUAGAGACAGUAGUUUGGAUUCUGAAACCACCUUCAUAACGAAUAUUCGGGAACGAGAUGAAGGUUCUAGUGAUGAAAAUAGAUCAUUAUUACAACGUGGAAGUUCAAAUGAAAAAUCAGAAUCCGGCGGAGUAUCGUAGCAUUCAAUGAAGCUGCGAAAAUAUUUUAAAUGAUACAACAGUGAUGGACGUACACAUUUUUGAGCUUUAAGUUUUUUUUAAGUUUUGAAAUUUUUGUAUUAAACUGAAUUUUUAAUAACUAAAACGAAUU